AACCUGAUAAUCCUCGACCUCUCCCACAAUAAACUCAGGUCUUUGGAUUUUCUAGCAGAGGCCAAACUAUCGGCACUCAGGUGGCUAAACGUCAGCAACAAUGAAUUGUUUGUAAUCAGCGAAACAGUUAUCCAGUCCCUUCCAGGCUUGACAUAUCUGCAUCUAUCUGCUAACCUUUUAACAUGUGAAUGUUCUAAUUACGGUCUUAUCCAGUGGAUUCAAAGCAGCAAACAGACACAGGUUGUUAAUGCACAUCAGUAUACUUGUGUGUUUCCUGUUAGCCAACGGGGAAACAAAUUCCUGGACUUUGGUUUUGACUCCUGUCGGAUAGAUGCUGCCUUGCUCUGCUUCCUUUUUAGCUCUAGUCUAGUUGUGCUUACUCUCCUUGCAUCUUUCAUCUACCACUUCCUGAGGUCACACCUCACCUAUGCUUACUACCUCUUCCUGGCCUUCCUCUACGAUAUUAAGAGGACAAAGAAAGGUAUUCGUCACAGCUAUGGUGCCUUUGUCUCCUACAAUGUUCAUGAUGAAGCUUGGGUCUGCAGAGAGUUGCUUUCGAAGCUGGAGGGUCAACAGGGCUGGAGACUCUGUCUGCACCACAGAGACUUUGAACCAGGUAAACCCAUCGUAGAAAACAUCACAGAGGCCAUCUAUAGCAGCAGAAAUACUACCUGUGUGAUCAGCCAGCAUUACCUGCAGAGUGAGUGGUGCUCCAAAGAAAUCCAGAUGGCCAGCUUCCAUCUGUUUGAUGAGCACAAGGAUGUGUUGAUCAUGGUAUUUCUGGAGGACAUACCAGCCAAGCAGCUGUCUCCGUACUACCAAAUAAGGAGUCUGGUGAAGAGGAGCUCUUACUUGAGCUGGCCACAGGCUGUUCAACACACUGGAGUCUUCUGGCAGAAAAUACAACAAGCUCUCUCGAGAGAAGAAAACCCUGCUGAGCACACGUGCCUCUUCACUGGACACCAGAGAGUCAUCCAGUGA